AAUUCAACAUCCAGGAACUGGCGUGUGACUGCCUGGCAGUGCGGUCAGUCCAGAGGUUGACAGAACUGCUUUUUAUUCAGUAAAAGAUUAAUCACCAGACGUGUGUUCAGACGUUUUAAGGGGCUGUCGGUAAACGCUGUGAUCUGUUGACAUUUCCCCUGGGCAUGAAUCUCGGAGAUGGCCUGCUGUUUGAACUUGAAAAUGGAAAACCCAGGUUGAUUCUUCUCAGUCAUGGUUCUGAGAAGAAUCCAUCAAAGCCGUCCUGUAGGCCCAGAACGGCAAACAUCCUGAGCUCCAGGCAGCCGUCCUGUGUGGAUGAGCUGCAGGGAGAGGAGCGUCCGGCCCGGCAGCUGGCAGUGAGGCACAGAGAGAGCAAGAGCAAGACAGGAGGAGCAGCCGCCUCCUUCACCGCCAACACAGCCACCACUGGGGGGAAGAGCACCACAGGGUGCAAUGUGAAAGUCACACCCAAGGUGAAGUCUGACAGACAAAAACACAGCACCACUGUUGGCUCACUGAGGACCAAUGGGAAGCCAGGACAGCCUCAGAGCAGUGGUACACAAGCCGGGGGGAAGAAGGGAACAAAGGACACAUCGGUCAGGGGGGACACAGGACUGAAGGAUGGCAUGGUGUGUUUGACCAGUGAGCAGCUUCAGAAGAUCCUCAACACGGUCCAGACCUCCAGCACAGGCCGACUCCCGCCGGAGGAGAGCAGGACACACGAAAACAAAACGGGCUCAAAAUCUGAAUCCUCGACUAAUGAGGGAGGAGAGAUGAAGGAGGAAGAUAGAGGAGGAGGAGGAACAGAAACACCUGGAUGUUCACAGGACAAAAACAACAGGUCGUCUGGAUGUCUGUUCAGCUGGAUGGACCAGCGACAGUCAGAGAGCAGAGCGGCCGUCGACGCCAAGAAGGCUCAGUGGAGGAGAGAACUAGAUGAGCAGGUGGCUCUGAAGCAGCAGAAGCGUUCAGCUCCCAGCAGACUUCAGGCCGAGGAGGACACAGACAGUUUGUUAUCAGUUCAGACCUCCAUCAGCCUUCGAGAACAGCCGGCAGCCAUCAGAUCCAGCCUCAGACUCGGGGAGGUGACUCCGGUGGAGGAGAUGCUGGGUUUGGAGAGGAGAGAGGAUCAGAGGAGACGCUGGCUGCAGGAGCUGGACCGACAGAAAGAGGAGACGGCCGAGCUCAGGAAAAGAGAGAAGCUGCUGCAGAGCCAGACGGAGGACCACGAGCUUUGGGCCACACACUUUGACUCUCUGCAGAAAAAGCCUCCUGUCCUAGAGAGUGCAGCUCCAUCAGCUCCGCCUCCUGCCCUGUCUAACGGCUCAGAGCGGGGGGAGUGGGAGCCCUCGUCCAGCCUGUCUCUGGUGUGGGAGGCGAUGAGCAGCUGUGGAGCGGAGAGUGUUGGAGGAGCCAGCGUGGAUACAACCAGCGGAUACCCGACCAGAGCCAGCCACCUGAGGACUAUGACCGCCCUGCUGGACCCGGUACAGAUAGAGGAGAGGGAGAGGAGGAGGCUCAAACAGCUGCAGCAGCAGAGAGACAUCGAGGCUCAGCUGGAGGAGCGUCGACAGCUGAAGACGCAGGAGGAGGCGAGGAGGAGAGAGGAAGAGGAGCAGGAGGAGAGGAGGUUGGCACUGGAGAGAAAUAGGCUGGAGAGACGGUACGAGCUGGACGCGCAGAGGCAGAAGUCGAGCCAUCAUGAAGUAAAGCCUAAGAAGAACUGUGAGGAGGAGAGACACGAAGAGACCGAGGAGCACAGGGUUACCAGACGUGGUGUGAGUUCUGAGGAAGAGGAGGAAGAGGAGGUUGACAGUCCAGUAUCUCCGUUCAGAGACACCGCUGUACAAACAGAUGAAGCUCCCUCUCUCGCCCAUACAGCAGACACACAUGGCUCCUCUCAUCCUCCUUCUCUAGCUGCUGCUCCUCCAAACGGAAGGAGCCGAGCGGGGAGAGCAGGUAAGGAGAACAUCUGUGUACAAGCAGCAGGAAGAGGAGGAGGAGGAGGAGGAGGAGGAGACCCGUACGAGGUGUUUGCCCGCACAGAGAGGAGCAAGAGAGACAAGAGGAGGCCCGAGUGGAACACACAGAGGCCAAGCCGGCGGUUCGUCCCAGCCUCGGAGCGUUACCCGGCCCCUCUGCAGAGACACAGACAGGAGAGUCGACUGAAGAGGCAGGCCGAGCUCCGAGCUCUGCAGGAGAAGGCCUGUCUGUCCCGGACCAACCCUCCUCUGAGCCAGGACCCCCGUUUCCUCCCAAACCCGUCACAGACCGAAACCAGCCCCGACAGGAAGGGGGAGAGUUUUACCCGAGGACCCAGCUCCUCUGCAGCCGUCGACUCUGACGGGGGGCGCUCUCCUCCCGUCCCUGCUGUCAGACACAGAGUUCAGGCUCAGCAGGCCCCGCCUUCCUCCCCCCCUCCUCCUCCUCUCUAUCCUCCUGUUCUGGAGUACAUCCCUUACGUCCGCACCCAUGAAGUCUUCAACCUGGAUCCUCUGGAGCCUGCAGACACCGCCCCACCCCACACACACACAGAAGCUCCUCCUCAGACUUCAACAUCUCCUCCUGCUCCUCCUCAACGGGACGCCCUCCUCCGUCCUGAACUAGGACGCACCACACAAACUCACCGACAGCAGGAGAUCCUGAGAGGCCUGGCCCAGCUGAGACAGGGUUUGCUACAGAAGCAGAGGGAGCUGGAGAUCGAUCUGAAUCCUCUCCUGAAGCGCCAUGACAACGACCUCCGGACGUCAUCAGCAUCACACCGCAUGUGAACUCUGACCCUGAAGAAGUGACACGAGCACUAUGUGAACCAGCGAUCAGAAGGAAAAACAUUCAACUCCAAACUUGCUUUAAAUCCGCUCCAUCAGUUCUACCUCCUCUAAAUAAUGUUCUCACACUAAAUAAAAAGUUUACCUUUCCAUGGUUUAGUUUUCAGUUUGUCCUCCAACAAACGUCCCCUCGCUUGUUUUGAUUUGGUCUGAAUACGUUUAAUGUAAAGAAUGUAUUGAAUGAUUUGUUUUUAAUGCACUUUUGAAAUGACACCGUGCCAAACAGGUGUUCACUUCGAUCCUUCUUACUCGUCUGGUUUGAGCUAACGUGUUUGUUUCUUCAGCUUGCUGCUGAUCGAGGAGCUCUGCAGUCACAGUGUUGCUUCUGUGUUCAGUCUUUGGUUUUGUCUAUUUUUAUUUAUUGAAAAUGUAAUAAA